CCCCGAUUAAUAAAUAUGUUGCUGUGAAUUUGGAUUAAGCCAGGGAGGAAAGACGCUACAUAUUGAUAUGAGAAGUUAGGGUCUGGAUUUGGAGGUUGUUACUGGUAUUUGGACAGAAGGUGGCAAUAUAUUCCAUUAGGGAGGCUCUAUUUCUCUGCGUUAUUAAUAGAAUUUAUAUGGAGUAGAAGGUUCCUUGAGGAGGGACUGAUGACAGAAGCCUCAGGUUACACCGUACGUGGGAUAUGACCCCCAAAAAAUAAUUUUACCCUCUCAUAGUGACGGGGAGAUACUCACUCAGAUGACUGGUAUUGUGCAGUACCGGGUAUGGACAGUAGGGGCUCCUCUCGCUCUCUGUGUAUACCACGGAGUUCAUUGAACUGGCUUAGACAUCGCAAGGUGGAAAUUCUAAAAUUCUAAAGUUCUAAAUUAUAGAAUUUUAAAAUAUUAAAAAUGUGGGUGUUGAAAGUUCUGGGAAUGCUCUUCUUUUGCGGUCGUUACGCGUUAAAUUUAAUGGCUGACCGUGGUUUAAAGCUGUGAUGUUUCAGACACAGAAUCCAAAGCAUGUCCACCCGAUGAUGACACAAGACAGGACAACAGUGACCUUUCAUCCCCAGAGAGUUCGGCUUUUACCUCUGAGGAGAACCUGCAAGAAAUCUCUGCCGCGGCCACACUGAAUGUUAGCUCUGUUGGCGAGGACCAGCACUCUGAGCAGACUGAGAUGGAACCAGGCAGAGUUAAUUCCACGUCUGAUGAUGACCUCAAAGAGUCCAGCCUUGCCUCGGUCGAGAGGACCUUACAAGCCUUAUUGCUUACUGAACCUGUGGACUCCCCGCCGCUGGAGAGACACGCGUCAGAAAUAUCCAGCCCUCCUCUGCUUCCAACACCUCAGCCAAAGGGAAACUCUUGGGUUAACCAGUGUGUGACAGGUGCAGAAAUAGAGGAGUUCCCCAUUAAGUCUCCUCCCUCGACCAUUCUGAAGAAUUCUACCACUCUUGGUUCAUCUCAUAUCUCAGGACACACCAAUAUCUUCCAUGCCCAGAAGGUGACGGAACCCCAUGGGCAAGUGGGCAGAGGGCAGCACCAAGCCAGCCCAUCGGGCUCACCACGCCUGACUGCCCUACACAUGCCUUCCAGCAGAGUCAUCGAAGAACUCCACCGAGCAUUAGCUACAAAGCAUCGCCAGGACAGCUUUCAAGGCCGGGAAAUAAAAGCUUCGCCCAAGAAGAGAGUGGACUUCCGAACCUCUAGGCCAUCCAGCAUGGACAAGUGCAGAGACACCAUUAUUUCUCAUGAUGAAGAUGCAGAGAACAAGUGCGGGUCAGUGAAGGAGGCAGAUGAAAAUAAGGAAAACCUGAUGAGAGAUUCUGAUGACAUGAUGCUUUAUCAGGACGAAGAUGCUUUGAACAGCUCCAUCAUUUCUGGGACUUUGCCGAGAAAAUGUAAAAAAGAAAUUCUGGCUGUGAAACUGAGGAACAGACCCAGCAAACAGGAGCUGGAAGACAGGAACAUCUUCCCACAGAGGACGGACGAGGAGAGACAGGAGAUCCGACAACAGAUUGAAAUUAAACUGUCAAAGCGACUGAGCCAAAGACCUGCCGUGGAAGAGCUGGAAAGAAGGAAUAUUCUGAAACAAAGAAACGACCAGACGGAACAAGAAGAACGACGUGAGAUAAAGCAAAGGCUAACGAGAAAGCUGAAUCAGAGACCGACUGUAGAUGAACUGCGAGAAAGGAAAAUCCUGAUACGGUUCAGCGAUUACGUGGAGGUGGCGAAAGCGCAGGAUUACGACAGGAGGGCAGACAAGCCGUGGACGAGACUAUCUGCGGCAGACAAGGCCGCUAUUCGAAAGGAACUUAAUGAAUAUAAAAGCAAUGAGAUGGAAGUUCAUGCGUCGAGCAAACACUUGACCAGAUAUCACAGACCGUAGGAGUUUCCUUGUGGGAAAGAGAGUUCUACUUUUCGGUAAAGCUGCUGACCACGUUCCGCUAGGAUCAGUGACGCGCAGUCUCGAAGUUCAGCGCAUGGCGCUCUGAUAUUUACGCAGAGAGCGGUUUUGGCGACGCAGAAGAAUCGUCUGCGAUAGGGGGCCGGGACUCGCGAUGAGUCCGCCGCGUAUGUCUGGGGACUGAUCAGCCCCACAUGGGGGAGUACAAAAAAAAAAUAAAAAAUCAUAACUAAAAAAACAAUAAAAACAGCUCAAGGAUACACACGCAAAAUGAACUGGGUGUUGUUGACAGAGACUGGAAGGACACUGCGGUGCGAAGCUGGAUUGCAGCGAGAUGCUGCGCAUGUUUCGGCUUCACUACGGCAAAAGCAUACCGGAUAUCCGGCCAGCACUCCAUACGGUAUUACGUUGACAUGUCAGCCUGAUCACGGUUUCUUUGUAACUCUUAAAGUUAAUGCCUCGGCAAAAUAUUUUCAUGUUUUAUAUUUUGUUCCUUUUUUUUUAUGAUGUCUUUCAAAAAAAAAAAAAACCUGACAGAUUACCAGCUACAGCAUUUUUCCUGUUGAGUUUAUCUUAUUAAAAAACAUGAAAAAGUUGCUGCAA